AUGGGAAACGCAAACUCCUCCCGGCCGUCCAAGAUCCAGAAAGACCGGAAGACGGAAGGCAACGGCAGUGGACUUUCAUCUCUUGCUGGGCAGCAAGUUUUAUCGUCGGAUAAGAGACGCGGAGUCGCGCAAAAACGUACUUUGCAGUUUUUCCUUCCACGUAGCGUAGAUACCGGAAAAAGUGGACGAGCCGGAAACGGAAACGGUAAAGCGGCGGCCGGGCCGAGCACGCGAGGGAACCGCGACUUCGGCAAGCAUCGUCAUGUCGGUGCGACGAACCCGUUCAUCAUCUUCUUCCUGCGGUUGCGCAGCAAGAAGCCGAAGGAACCGGUGACCGUGGUGGCGCGAGCCGCCGGCAAGCUGUGGAGCCGCAUGUCGCCCGAGCAGAGGAAGAAGUACGUAGACCUGGCGAACGCGGAGAAGAAACGACGGCAGGAGCGGAAACGGCGGAGAAGGCAUUCGGGCGCGCGCUCGAGGUAGAAUCGUUCGCGAGGAGGUGGGGAAAUAUCCGCGCGAUCUGCUCGAUUCACCAGUAGUUUCGUUGAGAAGAAGCGAACGGUGGCUUCGAAGAGUGGAUCGGUGGCUCGCAAAAACAUAUUUUCCAAAUUCGUACUUGUAAACACGCCGGAUAUCAAAGAUAUCUCUUACUUUUUAUACGAAAUGAAACAGAAAAAAAAUUUUUAUACAAAAUAUUGUCUCUUCACACAUGAAAUGCGGAACAAUGAUUUGUAUACGGGAAGUGUGCCGGAUGACUUGUUCGCAAACGAAAUUUCAAAACGAUGACUCUGAACCACUCUUGCUCUGAAGCAACCCUUCGUUCACACGCGGCACUAAUUGCGUUCUCGUGUCCAGGAUGAAGUAGCGGGAGCUUGGUGGGAGAUCGAGGCUCGGCCAGGGGAAAUACGUGGCGAACGAUUCGGUCGGUCUCUGUCGCGCGUAUCUACUAUACGCCGCAUUAAUCGUCGGCUCUCAUCGCCUAGACGCAUCUGCAAAUGACCACCAGAGAGCUAUCGAUUAUCAUGUGUUUUUGAUUUCUUUUUUAUUUGUUAGUAGUUUUUUUUAGAUCUAUGUACAAUAAAUAUCAAUGUAUUUUUACACUA